AUGCAGCAGUAUAGGCUCCAGCAUAUCAACUCAAGCAGUGCCACCUCCACCAGCAUUAACUCCAUCAGUACCAACUCCAGCAGCAUCAGCUACAGCAGUCCCAGUUCCAGCAGUACCAGUUCCAGCAUUAACAGCUCCAGCACUACCACCUUCAGCAACAUCAGCCCCACCAGUACCAGCUCCAGCAGUACCAGUUCCAGCAGUACCACCUUCAGCAUCAGUUCCAGCAGUACCACCUCCAGCAGAAUCAGCUCCAGGAGUAAGAGCUCCAGCAGUACAAGGUCCAGCAGUAUUAGCUCCAGCAGUACUGCCUCCAGCUAUAUCAGUUCCAACAGUAUCACCUCCAUCAGAAUCAGCUCUAUUAGUUCCAGUUUCAGAAUUAUCAGCUUCAGCAGUUCAACGUCCAGCAGUAUUAACUCCAGCAGUAUCUGCUCUCUCAGCUCCACCUUCAGAAAUAUCAGCUCCGGCAGUAUUAUAUCCAGCAGUAUCAGCUCCAGUACUACCGGCUCCAGGAGUACCUACUCCAGUAGCUUCACCUCCGACAGUACCAGCUCCAGCAGUACCAACUCCAGCAGCAUCAGCUCCAGCAGUAUCAGCUCCAGGAGCACCAGCUCCAGCAGUACAAACUCCAGCAGCAUCAGCUCCAGCAGUACUAGCUCCAGCAGUACUAGCUUCAGCAGUACUAGCUUCAGCAGUAUCAACUCCAUCAGCAUCAGCUCCAGUAGUAUCAGCUCCAGUAGUACUAGCUCCAGCAGUACCAACUCCAUCAGCAUCAGCUCCAGCAGGGCUACCUCCAGUAGCACCAGCUCCGGAAGUACCAGGUCCAGCAGUAACAUCUCCAGCAGUAUCAGCUCUAGCAGUAUCAGUUUCAGCAGCAUCGGCUCCAGCAAUACCAGGUCCAGGAGCAUCAGAUCCAGCGGUAUCAGCUUCAGCAGUACCCCCUUAAGCACUAUCAGCUCCAGUAGUAUCAGCUCCAGAAAUACCAGCUCCAUUAACUUAAGCUCCGGCAGAACCAGCUCAAGUGGUACCAUCUCCAGCGGUAUAAUAUUCAGCAGUACCAGCUCUAUUAGCUUCAAUUGCAGUAGUACCAGCUCAUUCACUACCAGUUCCAGCAGUGUCAGCUCCAGCAGUACCAAGUUCAACAGUAUCAGCUUCAGUAGUACCAGCUCCAUCACUACCAACUCUAGCAGUAUCAAUUCCAUCAGUACCGGUUCCAGUAGAAUCAGGUCCAGUAGUAUCAGCUUCAUGAGAAUCAGCUCUAUUAGUUCCAACUCCAGAAUUGUCAGCUCCAGCAGUUCCACCUCCAAAUGUAUCAGCUCAAGCCAUAAGAGCUUCCACAGUAUCACAUCCACUAGUAUCAGCUCCGGCAAUAUCAGAUCCAGCACUACUAGCUCCAGUAACAUCAGCUCCAGCAGUAUCAGUUAUAGCAGUAUCAGCUCCAGCAGUAGCAGCUCCGGAUGUAUCACCUCCAGCAGCUUUAGCUCCAGCAGCAUUAGCUACAGUAGUAGCAUCUCCAGUACUGUCAGCUCCAGCACUACUAGUUCCAGCAGUAUCAGCUCCAGCAGUGCCACUUCCAGCAGUAUCAGUUCCAGUAGUACCAGCUCCAUUAGUUUCAACUGCAUUAGUACUAGCUCAUUCACUACCAGCUCCAGCAGUGUCAGCUCCAGCAGUACCAAGUCCAACAGUAUCAGCUUCAGUAGUACCAGCUCCAUCACUACCAACUCUAGUAAUAUCAGUUCCAUCAGUACCGGCUCCAGUAGAAUCAGGUCCAGUAGUAUCAGCUCCAUGAGUUCUGCCUCCAUGAGAAUCAGCUCUAUUAGUUCCAGCUCUAGAAUUAUCAGCUCCAGUAGUUCCACCUCCAAAUAUACCGGCUCAAGCCAUAAGAGCUUCCAUAGUAUCACAUCCACUAGUAUCAGCUCCUGCAAUAUCAUAUCCAGCACUUCUAGCUACAGUAACAUCAGCUCCAGCAGUAUCAGUUAUAGCAGUAUCAGCUCCAGCAGUAUCAGUUACUAGCAGUAUCAGUUCCAGCAGUAGCAGCUCCAGAUGUACCACCUCCAGCAGCUUUAGCUCCAGCAGCAUUAGUUACAGUAGUAGUAUCUCCAGUAGUGUCAGUUCCAACACUACUAGUUCCAGCAGUAUCAGC